UUUUCUUAUAAGAUUAAUUGAACACCUUUUGAUGAAAAAAUAAUCACUAUUUCUAUUACUAUAUGAUCGGAUAUUGUGGAAAAUUUCUGAUACCCAUGUGCUACUAACCAGAUAUUUAUAUAUUAACUCCUUCCAUUUCAUUUCUGUUCAUUCAGAUAACAUAACAAUUCCUCUUCCUCUUUGCUGAAACGAUGCCGUUGCCUCUUGAAACCAAUGGAAGGUCAAGCUUCAACGAAUAUGUCUCGAUCUGCGAUCAAGAUUUUCCGGAGGAUGAUUCCGAUUCUGAUUCUUGCCGCUCAUCUUCCUCUUCUCUAGGGAACAACAGUGAUUCGUCGGAAGAUGAUUCCUCCGACCGGGAAGACUCCGGUGAAGUUGAGGUGCAAAGCUCUUUCAAAAGCCCUUUGGAUACAAUCAAUGAUUUGGAGGAGGAUUUACCGGUCAAGAAAGGCAUAUCCAAGUUUUAUAUUGGCAAAUCAAAAUCAUUCACAAGCUUAGCAGAUGCAGCAGGUGCAAGUUCCAUGCAAGAGAUAGUAAAAGCAGAGGACCCUUAUGCUAAAAAACGCAAGAAUUUACUAGCCCGUAACAUACUGAUCGGGAGGAGCCACAGUUACGCUGAUAAUGUUGGUGCAAUAUUAUCGAAGCGAUCUUCAAACAUAGGUAGACGAACAUCUUGUCUCAAUCUGAGGUGCAGCACUGAGAGUACAGACGAGGAGAAGAGUUCCAUUUCACGAUCGAUAUCUCCUCCUUGUCCGCUUCCUCCUCUUCACCCACAGCAUGUUAAUCGAUCAACUGCACAUGCUUCGAUUCCUCGUCCUCCUGCACAAAAUCCUCCUUUGCGCUCGUACUCUUGGUCUGAUCUGCACUCUGUAGCUGAAGGACAUGAUAUAUCUGGUUUGGUCAUUUGUAGUGGAAACAAAGAAAAUAAAGUACACUGAGAUUUUGAUAGAAAUUGAACUUUUUAGUUGAUAGCAUGCGAGUUUAUGAGUUUGUUUGUAAUGGAUUGAAGGAUGUUAUCUAUGUGAACUGAGUAGAGUCAUUGUAUAUUAUUACAUAUCAACUUUUGGUAAUUAUAUUUGUAUCUUGAAAGCCUACUUAUUAGCAACGACAAUUUAA